AUGGCUUCCGAGGAUAUAGUUAAACAAGAAUUGGAAGAAUUGCAGAAACAAUUGGGGAAGAAGCAGAAAUUCGAAGACGCUGUUUCAUCUCUUAAUUAUCUGCUCCAAACCACGUAUCCAUCAGCUUCUACAUCUCUCCGUAAAUCCUUUUAUACUGUUAUAUGCCGAGUUGCUACUGUGUUGAAGACGAGAUAUACAGCGCCCGGUUUCUGGAGUGCUGGUUUAGGCCUUUUUGAGCAGGCUAUAUUGUUAGUUUCGGAAUCUUCUGAGAAGGAGCACUUGAAGGCUUGCAUUGCUCAGGCCAGGGAACAUUUGCAUCUAGAAGAUGACCCUUCGCAAACUUUGCGACCUGCAGAGACUCGUGAAAACAGAGGAUAUCUUUUUGAGGGGCACCUUACGGUAGAUCAAGAGCCACCACAUCCUGAAUGGUUGGUGCAGGCAAACCUUUUGACAGCAGCGGCUAGACUAUUUGAAGCGGAAUCCUCUCAAGGUUUAGCAACAAAUGAAAAUAUGGCAGAUGAUGUCGCUAGUGUGCUUGAAAUGCUUAGAAAUAGAAUGGAAGAAGUUGUGCCACUGAUGGAGAAUGAUGGUCCCGUAGCUCCGAGAGUUCCUCCGGCAAGUAAAGAAGUUGUGGCAAAACUUCCUGUGAUUACUCUCACAGAGGAUAUCCUUGCUAAUAUGGGGAAAGAUGCAGAGUGUGCCAUUUGCAGGGAAAAUCUGGCAUUAAACGACCAAAUGCAAGAGUUACCGUGCAAGCACACAUUCCACCCACCAUGUCUAAAGCCAUGGCUGGAUGAGCACAAUUCUUGUCCAAUCUGUCGUCAUGAGCUGCAAACUGAUGAUCAUGCAUAUGAGAGCUGGAAGGAACGUGAAAAGGAAGCCGAAGAGGAGAGGAAAGGCGCUGCAAACGCUCUUAGAGGUGGUGAAUUCAUGUAUGUUUAG